UUCUGGUUCGUAACGUACCUGUAUUUCUCAGAAAUCGCCACCUCUUGUUUUUUCUUCAAUCGAGGGGAAGGAAACACUUAUUGAUCUCUUUCAUGGAGGUGGAGCUGCUUAGAUGCUCUGAAUAUUCAAAGCUCCUUCAGAAAUCUAUGCGGAUGAACUGGACAAUCUCUCCCUCUGCUCCCAUCUCACUCUUACCUCUUCUUCUUCUUCCUUCACCUCACUUGUAUUCUUCUUGAAUCCUUGGAAAAUCUGGGUUUCAGAGACGAACAUAGCUGCUGGAUUCAUGUCUGAGAUUUGUGUCUAGCCUUUACGAGAGUUAACUUUUUCUUCCAAGGUGAUCUCGUCUCGAGGAGCAAAAUACAGGUUCUUAUAAUUUCUUUACUCAUCUUCUUCUAUUGGGCAAAAUCUGAUCUUCCUUUCUUGCUGUUGUAGCUGUGAUCUUAGGUUUCUUCAAUAGUUUCAUGCGUGCCAUUUAGAUCUAUCUCGGGAUUUUGCUUCUGUUUUCCGUUUGGCAGUAAAGAUCUUGUCUUUUUAUGAACUGAUUUGGCUAUUUAGAGUGACCAACAUUUAGGGCUUCUUUCGACCUAGGUUUUUCCUUUAUGAAAUCGAUCGCCAUGGGCUUGAUCUAGUUUUCCUCUGCGACCAACGUUGCCGCCAUGUUUAAGCAAUUCCUCAACAAAUUCCCUCGGAAGUCACCGAAAUCUGAUGUUGUUGAUUCUGGCGGUGGCAUUUCCGGUAAUAAUGUUAUCGCCUCUGGGAAUGGGAUCCAAAGAACAAACAGCGGGACUGCUGUUACUGGACGAUCAAAUUCUAUAAAGCGGAUGUCUUCGGCUGUUUUCCCGGCGAGCAUGGUGGCUGGAAUUGAACCUCUUCUAUCCUUCAAAGAUGUUCCGAAUGCGGAAAGGCAGAAUCUGUUCAUCAGUAAGUUGAACCUCUGCUGUGUGGUUUUUGAUUUCAAUGACCCGAAUAAGGACACUGUAGAGAAAGAUCUGAAACGCGAGACUUUGAUGGAUAUCGUAGAGUUUGUUGCUUCUGGAUCAGCUAAGUUUACAGAGCCAGCAAUUGCUGCAAUAUGUAAAAUGUGCGCAGUCAAUCUCUUUAGGGUAUUUCCUCCUAACUACCGGUCCAAUAUGACUGGUGGUGAGACGGAUGAUGAUGAACCCAUGUUUGAUCCUGCUUGGUCACAUUUACAGAUUGUGUAUGACUUAUUGCUUCGAUUUGUCACGUCUACUUCUCUCGAUUCGAAGGUAGCAAAGAAGUACAUUAAUCAUUCGUUUAUUCUGAGAUUGCUUGAUCUCUUUGAUUCUGAGGAUCCUAGAGAACGUGAUUGCUUGAAAACAAUUCUGCAUAGGAUUUAUGGGAAGUUUAUGGUUCACAGGCCUUACAUACGCAAGGCUGUAAGCAAUAUCUUUUAUCGUUUUGUCUUUGAAACAGAACGGCACAAUGGGAUUGCUGAGCUGUUGGAGAUUUUUGGCAGUGUAAUUAGUGGGUUUGCGUUACCACUGAAGGAGGAACACAAGAUGUUUUUGUGGAGGGCUUUGAUUCCUCUGCAUAAGCCAAAGUCUGUGGGUAUUUACCUUCAGCAGUUGUCGUACUGCCUCACACAAUUUAUAGAGAAAGAACCAAAGUUGACGAUUACUGUAAUCAAGGGAUUGUUAAAGUACUGGCCAGUAACGAAUAGUCAGAAGGAAGUCAUGUUCUUGAGUGAGUUGGAAGAGGUUUUGGAAGCUACCAACAUGGCAGAAUUCCAGAAGAUUAUGAUUCCUUUGUUCCGCCGGAUUGGUUCUUGCCUUAACAGCCCCCAUUUCCAGGUAGCGGAAAGGGCCCUCGUUUUGUGGAACAAUGAUCACGUUGUCGGUUUGAUUGCACACAAUCAGCAGGUGAUCCUGCCUCUCAUCUACCCAGCAUUAGAGAAGAACAUACGGAACCACUGGAACCAGGCAGUUCUCAACCUAACCAUAAAUGUGAAGAAAAUGUUCUCAGAGAUGGAUGAAGAGCUGGUCAUAUAUUGCCAAAGCAAGUAUGAGGAGGAAGAAGUGAAGCAAACAGCAGCAGCAGAGAAGAGGAGGGUGACAUGGGAGCGUCUCGAGAGAGUUGCCAGUGUGCAACCUGUGACUGGAAAUACAGCAGUUCUGAUAACACCUACAGCAACUGCUAUUACAUGCUAAAUUUAAUUAAGCAGGUCUCUUUCCCCCUUUUUUUUUUCUUCAAUGUCUGUGCUUGCUCCCUUUUGUUUUUUUAAAUUUCUGGGCAGCGAGAUGAAAUGUAGUAAAACAUGUUGACAGGGUUGGCUUUUGGGGGGGUUGAUUUGGGUUUAGGGGGUUGUUCCUUGAAUGGAUGAAAGUGGUGCUUGAGUGCCUGGAUUCCAAAAUCAGCAGUGGCAAAGAGCUUGGCUGUACUGGAUAUGAUUGAUGGCACUUUAAAACUCACUUGUACUAACAACUUAUUCAUUCCUGGUCGAGGGUGUGCUUGUAACUCUGCA